UCCAUGGUGCAUUUUGGUUUGAUUUUUGGUUUGUCAAGAAAAUAUUAUACAGCAAAAUUCUUUGAUUAUAGGCGAAUUACACGCUGAAAGAAGAUUUUACGAAUAGCAAGGGACUCUGGAAUGAAACUAGCUUCAGAGUUCAUCAUGCUGAUUGUUCCUCCGCUUCGUUUAUCCUGCCAGGAUUGAAAUCUUCUCAAGAAGCUUUUCCAGUCACCAUGUGUUGAUUCUGGUGUAUCAACUAUGGGAUCACUACUGUAUGGCUUUUCCUCCCAGCUGUCGAAUAUCAUACGUCGACCAGGAGUACUUUGUUGUGAAAUACUCGAGAAUAGCAUCGCGUGCGAUUGCGAAGAAAAAAUGAAAUUUCGAUUCCUUGGCGAUGGAGACUGUCCGGAUUGGCUUUUGGCAGAGAUCAACACUCUUUCUCGUAUGACCUCCAUAAAAAUGAAAAUUUUGGGACAACUAGUGGCCAAGUCUCUGACCGAGGGUGAGCUUGAUGAAGAUAAAGUAAAGAAGAUUACACAGGAUGCCAAAUUGGACUUGAGUGAUGCCAAAGCGAUAGUAGCAGCUUUGGAGUUGAUCCUAACAUCUUCGUCUCGAUAUGGUGCCUCUUCAACGGAUCUGAGUAGUGAAUUGCAACAGUUGGGUCUUCCCAGGGAACACAGUGCCGCCAUCGCUCGUCUACACAGUGACAAUUCCGCACAGAUCACUGCCAAAUUAACAGCUGAGUCAUUAAGGAUUAACAGCUUAUCCUCGGUGGAGUUGCUUCCUGAUCAGGCGACAUCGCCAUUUUCAAAAUUGUGUAUAAAGCUUAAAAAAAUUAAUGGAAUUGAGGAUUCUGUCACCCUCAAUAUUUCUAAGGAGGAAGUUCCUGUUCUGUUGGCAGAAUUAAAGAGAGCAAGAAAUCUAAUGGAUGGACUUUGAUGAUCAACGCUCAAUUGAAAUAUCGUUCUUGUCUGUAAAUUAAAAGAAAAAUCUAUAGCGAAUUUAAUAACCGCUGAUAUUCGUCGAAUAAUUUACUUUUAUUUUCUUGGUAAAUGAAUAUACAAAGUUUACAUUUAGUUUCAAUGGCUUAUACGAUGUUUGAGUAAUAUUUAUACGUUCUGACAAUAAUAGUGCCGCUUUUAUAACUGCGCUUAUAUUUAUGCUCGGUUUAUGCUCGUUGACGAGUGGUGAUUAUUUUCAAAGAAAAAUAAUUUUUAGCAGAGACAAUCAACAAGUGCGUAGUUCAGUGAUUCGCGAAAACGAAAGACGAGCUUAUUUGAUUUUACAUUCUAUUCCAAAGAAAUUUAACGGGAAAGGAAUUUCGAAAUCAGUGUGAUCUUUUUUUUUUCAACAGUUAUUUAACGCUACAAUUUUUCUUUCACUUGGCUCAGAGUAUUCCUGGCUUUGUCGAUUUACCGAUAUUUUUCUUUCAUUGAACAUUCACCACGAGUCAUAUUAAUAUUAUUGAAUAAAUACCAAGGCUAGUCUAAUCAGUCUUUAUACAAUAUUCGUA